GCUCUAACUUCUCCGGAUUAGUCGACUUUGUUUGCUCUCAUAUGAAUGUUCAGGACUCUGACUCACACUACAUAUAUAUAGACAACAUCCCAUUAAAUUACCGAGCUCAGCAUUUACGAAAUUUCUUCUCGCAUUACGUGGAGUCGGCGGGCUUCAUCUGUUUUCACUUUCGGCAUCGCCCAGAGACCUUGGCUGAGCCAAUUAACGAUCAAAUUGCGUGCGCCCAUGUGUUAUCAUGCAUUCGAAACAAAAAAAGAAAUAAAUCGAAGAUGUGCAGUUUCAUUGUGUUGCCUAGGGAAGCAACAGAUGAUUUCAUGCGGCGUUACAACCAUACUCAUUGGCUAAGUGCAAUUGAAAGCGAUGAUUAUGCUCCGCUGUCAGAACAAUGUCAUCUGUCUUUGAUAAACUUUGAAGACCGGAGCUCGGAAAUCAGCGAUCUUUUAAAGUUGAUUGAAUUCCAACCACCUGUUUGGAUGCCUCGUGGAAACGUUGGAACACCAACACAUCACUUCUUUAAUUUGAUCAAAACUUGCCAGCUGGAGCCCUCAGUCAUUUCAAAGCUUAAACUUGAUAUUUCCUUAUCCCGACGAUUACGUUUGUACGGAGCUGUGCCAUAUGCUUACGAUGAUGUUGCUUCGUCUAAAACGCGCCCCCUUGCAACCCAUUCACUCGGCGAAGUGAGAUCAGGUACCGGUGCUCACAUUUUAACUACUGCAGAAUUCAGGGAUUUGGUUUCUGUGAACCCGCAAUCAACUGACGAAAACAUUUUUCACAAACACUGUCCUGUCGCUGAACCCAGUGGGAAUGAUGCAUUGCAACCUGAAUCGGAUGAAUCAGCCGAAGAGUGGGAUCGUUUCGAAGCGCUUCAUGAUGAUCCCUACAAAGUGCAACGACGUGAUAAAUGUAACUUGAAGUAUGAAGACAAAGCGGAAUUAGUAUGGGAAAAAGGUGGAUCUGGCUUGGUGUUUCACACGGAUGAGCGCACUUGGCGCAAACUAGACCCCCUGAGGAAGGAGGAACUGUUCGACGAACCUGGGUCUUUUGAUUGGGAUAUCAAUAUGGAGCCAUAUGAAGUCCCAACAGAGCUAAGCGUGGGCCCAACUCCAACAGGACACUGGGGCGUGUCUCGGGAUACGUCGGAUUUAAUAGAUAUACAGAUUUCCAACGAGGGCACCGAACGUCCUCAUCCAAGUUUAGAUGCUGACUCAGUUUACCGUCAGGAGAUUUGUGAAAAAGGUUAUGGCCAGUGUUUGAUGCGACGAAUGGGCUGGAAACCUGGCUUGCGAUUGGGACUUUCAUCUUCACGAGGAUUAUUGUCACCUGUUGAUACCAAGGGGAGCCUACCACCGUAUACACGUACCGGCCUGGGCUACUACGGCCCUCGGAUUACUAAACACUCUUUCGCUGCUCCAAAUACAAGCGGUUCUGCUGCCGUUCGAACCGUCUACAUUCGAUCACUAUUCGACUCGAGUGCUUACGCUGCAUCCCGCUCUGAUCAUGGUCACGCUUUGAGUCUACUGCGCCGAAAUGACCCAGAUGAAGUUAUCAAAUAUAGAUCAUUUCCUUCGAUCACUACUCCUCAACAGUCGACUUCUACUACCUGUGUUGCCUGCUCUUCUGUCCCUUCCCUAACCCGCACGAUUAUUCUCAAUUCCCGUAGCAAUAUGUCCAAAGAAGGCAUCGCGUUUGUUUCUGGGGGGCUGCUUGCUAAGAAUUGA